AUGGCGCCCCGCAUGGACGCAGCCAUCAACAUCGUCAUCUGCGAGCGUUCCGACUUUGCGGACCACCUGAUGUAUGAGAACAAGUCCAUCCUCAUCACACUUCCCAACGCUACCGCUCUGAGCCAAUACGCCAACACCCUCCUGGAAGAACUCAGCCUUGAUCCCACGACACACUCCGUCAAAGUCCACAUUCCCAACGACUGCAACCUCGCCGUGCUCUCCAAAUGGCUUCGACGUGAUCCCUCGUACCACCACCGUGACGCCAAGGGCAACGCCGUCAUCGUGGCUGAAGUCAUGAAGCGCAAUGUUGCACCAUCGCCGCCAGCCUCCUCUCUCCCUGACAUUGCUCCUUCCAACACAACUGCCGAUGCAGACAACGCAAACUCCAUAACCCUCCCCACACGGCCAUCACGCAAGCGCAACGCUGCUGUUACCUUUGCCGAUGACCUACCCCUCCGCGCUAUCCGCCCUGCAACGCCCAAGAAAGGUCAGAUACAAGCCCAGCUCGAUCCUCAGUGCCACUACAUCCGCAUUGGCGUGCCAAACGGCACCACCUCCGUCACCGACGGCAACGGCAUCCCCUGCACCGAAGUCAUCGUGGCCGAGGUGCCCAUAAAGGCCAACCGCUCUCCCGAGUCCAUCAACUUCCGCCACGUUGAAAGCUGGUACAUCGGCGGCAUCACUGUCGGAUACUGCGCGCUGGGAAACAAGUUUGACAUUGAUGCCACUCCGCAACCCUACACUGCUGAUCACGGCCUCGACUACAAUGCAUGUACUACUAGACAAGCCAUCACGCCUAUGCUGAUUGGGAUUGUCGACGGCUUCCACACGCCUGUCUGGAUCGAGGCGGAUCCGCCACGAAAGCGGCGCAACUCCAAAAUGGCCGAAGUCAAGACGAUCGAGCAAGCCAUUGAUAAGAAAGUCAAACAAGCCAAAAAGGAGGGAAAGCCCUACCAGACCGGAGAGAGGGCGCUGAUGCUCACCCGUCUCGCCGUCCGAAUGCCGACAUACGCUCCCUACGCCUCCAAGCCCUCUCCACUUCCAUCAAAGACCCACAGCACAGCACGCAUUGACGCUGUUGUCUUCUUCAGAAACAUGAUGGGAAACAAAGCGUCGCGGAAGCUUGACACGGCCGUACAAGUGUCUCUGGACCACGAUGAAACGCUCGCGACCUUUUGCGACUGGGUGGAGACAGGCGAUCCGCUCUCCCGCCGCUCCUCUGCUACUUCUUCCGCCGACAGCAGCCGCAGCAGCCAGUCAACCAGUGGCGUCGCCGGCUUUGCUGGCCUAGAGAGCCUCCUUCCGGCUGGCCUGGCGCAGACACCCACGGAGUACGAAGUCUGGGUGUUGCCGCACAGUCGGGAGGGGAGUGUGGAGAUGUUUCGCUGGCGCGGGCUGGACGGGUGGACGGCAGGGGACUUUCUCGAUGAGGUCGUGGUGAAGGGCGGUGGGGGAAGGAGGUUGUGGGUGGAGGUUCAUGUCAUGGCGGGGAAGGAGACGGUGGGUGGAGGCAAGAAGAGGAAGACUGGUUGA